AAAGCUAAAAGGAUUUAAAAAUCGGGGCCUAUUUCGUAAAUAAAAGGUUGGUUAGUUCAAGUUCAAGUGCUAUCAGAAAGAAGGGGAAAAUAAUCCUACUUGAAUAUCGAUGGCAGUGGCGUCAACAGCGAACCUGCUCAUAGCCCUCCAAUCGGAGCGUCGGAAAUCCAACGGUGCUCUUCCUCUCGUACUCCCUAAACCCACUUGGGUUGUCAGAACUGAGUCAAAUGCUGGGCGAAGGAGGAUGAGGAAGCCUGAUCCACCGUGCGUUGUCUGCAAGGGGAGCGGCAGAGUUGAUUGUCAUUAUUGUUAUGGAAGAGGAAGGACAAACCAAGUUCAUCUAGAGAUGCUUCCCAAGGGAGAAUGGCCAAAAUGGUGCAGGAGUUGUGGUGGCAGUGGCCUUAGCUACUGCUCUCGAUGCCUUGGAACUGGGGAAUACAGGUAUAUAAUGGGUUUCCAUUUCAUGAAGAAAGAUGAUGAUGGCACCCAACACAACAAGUAUCAGAUUGAAGGUGACUGUGAUUCACAGAGUGCAGCCGAUCGACUGCUGCGUGGUGAGCAGAGCGAUGAUUCAGGUAAUGAGAUAUGAAGGAAGCAUGCAUACCAAGUUUGUAACUCCUGCUCUUUCGGCUAUGCUAUGACUUUGAAUCUUAUAUAUAGCAAAGUUUUAGAGAACAUAGGGUAAGUAAUAGUUAUAAUUUAGACAAGUGACAACUUUGAUUAUUAUUACCCACAAUUAAUCAUAAUAUAUAAUAACCCUAUGGGUUUUUUUUUUU